CUCUUACUCUUCUCUCUCUCUCUCUCUCUCUCUCUCUCUCUCUCUCCUUCUUCUUCGUUUCCAAUUCCCAGAUUCAGACAAAAUUAACAGUACCGCUACCUUUCACGACCGAAAUAUCAUCUUUUUUUCCUCUUGCACCCAAGAUUAUCUACUCUACAAUCUCUUGGUUAUUUCUUCUGCUACUGCGAGGCUGUAACAAGGAAAGUUCUUCAGUUUUUUAUAAAUCUCCUACUGUAUUCCUUAGAUCUCAUCUUACAGUUUUGAAUUCAAAGCUCAGGAAAACCAACGAAAAACUCCCCUGUUUUCCACCGUUCGAAUUUUCAGAACCCCAUAGCCAUACUUGGGUUGUCUCCUUUCCCCUCUCUCUUUCUACCUUUUUCCGGUGAUUGCUAUGGAAUCGCCUGAGAGCGUCUCCAUGGAAUUCGAAGCCGCGGAGAAGCUCAUCCUCAGGUGGGAUUCCACUGCAUCUGAGGAGGCCAGGGAACGAAUGAUCUUCGAUGGUGGCGAUCGUCAGGAAGCUGAAAGUUACUUGCGGGCCGUCGACGAGAUCCAACGCUCGAUGGAGUCGGUCUCAGUUUCUGGAGAUGGAUCUCCCGUUGGCGGUGGUAACUCCGGCAAGGUCAACGGUGCUAUCCAGAUCGCCAUGGCUCGUCUUGAGGAUGAAUUCCGUAAUAUCCUCAUCACCCAUACGAACCCACUUGAGAUCGACUCACUCCUCGAAUCUAAUUCCUUUUCCACCCACUCGAGCAGCCCCAGAGCUGACGGCUCCGGCGAAUUUGAUGCUGGUGACGACCACUCAGUAGAUGGUGGAGGUGGACGACGCAGCAGCGUCAGCGUCAGAGAAGAGGAGCUGCAUGAGGGAGAAGGAAGUACGAGUAACAGCGGGAGUCGUACUCCAAACUACCGUUCCACUAACAGUAUCCGUGAGAUCGAUUUGAUCCCAUCCGAAGCCAUCUACGAUCUCCGUAGCAUUGCUGAGAGGAUGAUCACUGCUGGGUAUUUGCGCGAGUGCAUUCAGGUCUAUGGGAGUGUCCGCAAAUCCGCCGUCGAUGCCAGCUUCCGCCGCCUCGGCAUCGAGAAGCUUAGCAUCGGCGAAAUCCAGCGGCUGGAGUGGGAGACCCUCGAGACCAAGAUUAGGCGCUGGAUACGCGCUGCCAAGGUCUGCGUUCGUAUCCUCUUUGCCAGCGAGAAACUCCUCUGCGAGCAGAUCUUCGAGGGUCUCGGCCCCGCCGCCGACGACGCCUGCUUCAUGGAAACCGUCAAGGGUCCCGCCAUCCAAGUCUUCAACUUCGCCGAGGCUAUCAGCAUCAGCCGCCGAUCACCGGAGAAGCUCUUCAAGAUUCUUGACCUCUAUGAAGCCCUGUCCGACCUCUUGCCGGACGUCGACGAGGUGUUCGGGUCCAAGUCGUGCGAGUCCGUCAGAGUCCAAGCGGCGGAGAUACUAUCGAGGCUUGCUGAGGCCAUUAGAGGGAUUCUGUCGGAAUUCGAGAAUGCCGUGCAGCGCGAGACCUCUAGGAUUCCUGUUCCAGGUGGGACAAUUCAUCCCUUGACCAGGUACGUCAUGAACUAUAUCAGUCUCAUCUCUGAUUACAAGCAGACCCUUCUCGACCUAAUCGUGUCCAAGCCCUCCACUACCUCACGCUACUCUGGUGAUCCCACCGCGGAUUUGGAGUUUCCGGAGCCGGAGAAUCGAUCUCCUCUCGCCCUGCAUCUGGUUUGGAUCAUUGUGAUCCUGGAGUCCAAUUUAGAGGGGAAGUCCAAGCUCUACAAAGAUGCCUCCUUGGCGCACCUCUUCCUCAUGAACAAUGUUCACUACAUCGUUCAGAAAGUGAAAGGGUCGCCUGAGCUCCGGGAGAUGAUCGAGGAUGACUACCUCAGGAAGCUAACCGGGAAAUUCAGGCAGGCAGCGACGAGUUAUCAGAGGUCGACAUGGGUGAGUGUCCUCCACUGCCUAAGAGACGAAGGGCUACACGUAAGUGGGAGCUUCUCUUCAGGAGUUUCCAAGACCGCUUUGAGGGAAAGGUUCAAGUCCUUCAAUGCCAUGUUUGAUGAGGUUCAUAGGACUCAGGCCACAUGGUUGAUACCAGAUCCUCAGCUCCGUGAGGAGCUACGCAUAUCCUUAUCGGAGAAGCUCAUCCCUGCUUACCGAUCCUUUCUAGGCAGGUUCAGGGGUCAUAUAGAGAGCGGAAGGCACCCGGAGAUGUACAUCAAGUACUCAGAAGAGGAUCUUGAGACUGCUGUGUUGGAUUUCUUUGAGGGUUACCCAGUUAACCAACACCUCAGGAGGAGAUCAAAUUAAAGGAACUAAUGGAUUCAGUAAGUUACACCGAGUGUUGCUAUUUAUAAUUUAGAACAGAGGAGAUAUUCUUUAAAUUUUUCGAAGUAUAUAUGGGCAAUCGGAUUCCAGCCAAACCAAGUUGGGUUUUGUUUGAUUUCUUCUGAGAACCUGAUUGAAUUGAGUCUCAGAUCAUUUUCUGCGGAUUGAGAGAGAUAUAGGAAUUGGGAAGAUCAGGGGAAGCUCUCUCCAGAGUGGCUGGUAACCCGUGCUCAAAUACUUCUACCCUGUUUAUCUAUCAUGAAGAAUCUAAUAGGGUGGUUGGCUUUUACUCCGAUCAUACAUCUGGUAAUGCACUAUUUGUUCUUCAAAGGAGUAGCUAUCUGGAGAUCUAAGAAGUAAAUGAGUCCAGGUUGAAUUCUAAUAAGCUAAAAGCUUGAUUUGGUCGUAUCAAACAAAAUAAUGGUGUGGAUCAUACAGCCUUGCAUGAAUAAUAGAUGUUCUGCAUUCAGAGAUGCUACUUGUACCAUUUUUUUCUUUCAUAAACCCAACUAAGACUGCUCCGUGUCUUGCAUCUAUUUUCAUAUUAUUAUUUUAUAGGACUUUAGGGACAAUUGUAAUCUCCAAGAGAUGGCUUCAAAAAUCUUGUUUCCCAGACAAAGGUUCCAGCAGCUUCAAUGCUAAUACCCUGUUCAGGAUUUCCAAA